AUGCUGCUGUUACCGAUCAUCGCCUCUUUGGGCAGCGCCGUCGCGGUAUCCGCGUGGACCACGGUUCGCAAGACCGACCAAGGUCCUACCGGCUAUGUCGUCGACUUUCGCUACGACCCCCUGCCGACUGAUCCAGUUGCCACCAAAGUCUACCUCAAUGGUUUGUUGCAGAUCUCGGACCAUCUCCACUCGAGUCAAUCGCAGUACGACAACUUUACUCCCGACCAGUUCACCGCGGACAAGUUUAUGGUCUUUCCGCCCAUCACGUACGAGAUGGAUUACGACGCUGUCACCAAGACGUGGAUCAAGAGUGUCCCCAUGCAGUCGGGCGCGUGGAAUUACAACUUUUACGUCGACUGUGAUCCGUCUGUCGACCCUCUGACGUUCAGACCGGUUAACAACUGUACGGCGCCGGGGGUGCUGGAUCGACACAACCCACCGAUCAGUCCGGCGUAUGGGGAUCAGCUGACGAGCACGGUCGUCGUCCCAUUCGAUGGACGAUUCCAGAUCAGGGAUUAUGAUUACGUACUACCCUUGAGCGACGGUUCGAGACGUGGAAACAUCUCGUUCUUCAACUACCCGAGCCCCGGAUCGACCGUGCCCUCGGCGGACAUCCAUACCGCUGGCAUCUACUUGCCUAGCGGGUACGGGCAGAACUCGUCUCAAAAGUAUCCCGUUCUCUAUCUCUCUCACGGAGGAGGAGGAGGCGCGGGGGACUGGUUUAGUCAAGGUCGAGCGCAUGAUAUCCUGGAUAACCUCAUCGCUGCUGGGGACCUUGAGCCGACGAUCGUCGUCACGCCUACGUUUUAUGGGUUCAACUUUACGAUCCCUGGAACGGCUAGUAACGAGACGGGAGAGCUUGGAUUCGAUACGGUCGGCUUGAACCGGUUCUACGAUCUGGUUAGGCGGUCUUACUUGGACUACCUCGUCCCGUACGUCGAAACCAAUCGGCAAGCGGAAACCACGCCGGAUAGGAGAGCGUUCGGAGGACUUUCACUAGGGGGAGGGUUGACGCUGAACAUGCUGUUCAACGCGACCGAAGACUUUAGCCAUUUCGCCGUCAUGUCCAACAUCCCCUCGCCCUUGCCUACCGACCCCAUCUGGAACAAGACGGCCUUGCGAGAGGUGGGGAUCUUGAGCGCUGGAGGGUUCUACGAUAUCGCCUUUGAGAACGUUAGGAACUUCCAGACCCGACUGGCUCUAAACAACUUGUUCACCUUGACCAACUGGGUCUUCGAAUCUCAUCACGAUUGGAGGCUAUGGUCGAACACGCUGUACGUCUGGGGGAAGUCUGGACUUUGGGGCAAGGUCCCCUACGACAUGUACUCGUGAGCAGGAAUGCGGUCGGGGGAAAUGUUUGGACGGAAGGUUGCCGGAAAGAUAGGCGAGAAGGGAAACAAGGCGAACACGUCACAUUCGGUUUUGCAAUGGCGGGG